CACAAAGACAAACACCAAAAAACCCCUCCUCCUUCUCCUUCCCUCCCCCUCUCCUCUCCGCUCGUCGACAAAGACGCCGCCGACGACGCCGACGACGACGAACCCGGUAGACUCGAAAAACCUUGUUGUAGCUUUUAGCGACCGCACGGAUUCUCGCCCCAUCAAACCCGGUUUUUCUUCGCGCCUCUCACCUCACUGAAACACCCAAGUCCAACACUCACCUCGAGUGACGACUGGCCACGACCCGAACAAAAAAAGAGCAUCAACAGUGGUAAACUGUUGAAUCUGCCUGGAUCCUUUAGAGGUUGGACUCGCGGAUCCUUCUAAUCGUUGUUACCCAACCGAUAGAGCAUGACUUCUGCCUCGCCUACCAAGCCCAACGGCGCCGACAUCAAUGGCUUCAAGUCGGUUGAUGUUCAGGUAAACGGUGUUGCUGCCCGUUCGGCUGCUUCGUCUCCCGAUGCUGUCGCCGACGUGCAGGCCCUCGAGAAGAAGCGCCAGGAGCGUGACGAGCAGCGCGCGUUGCUCGCAGCUCAGAUGGCCAAGCUCGAUGCUGACCAGCGUGCCGACGAGCUCUUGCUCAACAGCAACGGUGUCGUCAUCACCGAGCCGGCCUCUGCGCCCACCUCUCCGCUCGGUGCGCGCAACGCCGCUGGCACGCCGGGCGAUCGUGCCCCUGGCGCAGGCGCCCCCGCUCCGAUCGGCCAGGGCCGCGAGGUCAACGGGGCCAAAAGCAUGCCUUCGAGCAGGCGGACGAGCGGCUACGGCGGAGCGACCUUUGGCAUGGAGAAGCUCAGCUUGAGCGUCCUCGAGUCUGGAAAGAAGGACUGGGCCGACGACGACGAUGUUGGAGCUGAGGGUGCUCAGAGUAGGUUGACUCCGGUUGCAAUUCGCGGCGGCGCUCUGACAAUCUUAGAAUCCGUGAGCUACCUUGCCAUCAACGACGACGACCCGUUCCCCGGUCUUGCCAAGGACAAGCACCUCUCGGCUUCGUCGGCGGCCCUCGACCUCGCGCCUCUUCCCCAGGCCUCGUCGCGCGCUUUCGGCUCGAGGCCAUUCGACACUUCGCUCAAGUCGUCGGACUGGUCGCCCUUCCCGAACGCUCCCUCGCGUUCGCCCCUGGCGUCCAACUCGCUCAUGGGCUCUGGUGACGAGGCUCCUCGCGACCCCAUCCUGAACAGCCGCAACUCGCCCACUGGCCUCGCCGACAGCAUUGCCAGCCUGCCUGCUCUCCCCAGCAAGUCGGUUCCUGGCACUCCCUUCGGCCUUGGCCCCGCCUCUGGUGGUGCCAUCCCUGGUGGGAAGCGCACGGGCACCAGCCCGAUUGGCGACGGUGCCUUCACCCAGGCCCAGCGUGGCUUCUCGAACCCGGACCUUGCCCGUGCAUUCGGCUCCAAGGUCGGCGGCGGCCCUGGCGGUGGUGCUGGUGGUGUUGGCAGCGGCAACGGCGGUGGCUUUGGCGGCCUCAACGACAACCCCCGCCCCUACGGUGCUGACCCGCUCUACUCGUCCAUGGGCCUGCCUGCCAACGCAGCCGGUGCCAACGCCUUCAUCCCCCAGGGCUACGACUCGUACGGCUUUGAGGAUGACAACUUUGGUUCGGGCGCACUCUACCCCGCCGGCAUGAUUGGCCUCAAGAACAAGCGUGCCGAGGCUGAUCGCGAGUUCAACCGCUUCUCGGGCAUGCGCCUCGAGGACCUUCAGGGCGAGAUCCUCAGCCUGUGCAAGGACCAGCACGGCUGCCGCUACCUCCAGAAGAAGCUCGAGGAGGGUGACCCGACCCACCGCGACAUGAUCUUCCGUGAGACGUACGGCCACUUCCCCGAGCUCAUGAUCGACCCCUUUGGCAACUACCUCUGCCAGAAGCUGCUCGAGCAUGCGACCGAGGAGCAGCGUUCGGCUAUCAUUGACUCGGUCUCCAACGACUUAGUCGGCAUCUCGCUCAACAUGCACGGCACGCGUGCCGUCCAGAAGAUGGUCGACUUCCUCGCCCAGCCCCGUCAGCCCAAGCAGAUUCGCACCCUCAUCUACGCCCUCAGCGUCAAUGUUGUGGCCCUCAUCAAAGAUCUCAACGGAAAUCAUGUCAUCCAAAAGUGCCUCAACAAGCUCAUUCCCGAGGACAACCAAUUCAUUUACAACGCCAUUGCUCAAAACCUCAUUGAGGUUGCCACCCACCGCCACGGUUGCUGUGUGCUGCAGCGUUCCAUCGACCACGCGUCGCCCGCUCAGCGUCUCCAGCUUGUAACGGAAAUCAUCUUCAACUCGCUGUAUCUUGUUCAGGACCCCUUCGGCAACUACGUGAUCCAGUAUAUUCUCGACCUCAACGACGCUCGCUUCUCCGAGCCUCUCAUCCGCACCUUUAUCGGCAACGUCUGCAGCUUGUCUGUGCAAAAGUUCUCGUCCAAUGUUGUAGAAAAGUGUAUCCGUGUUGCCGACCCCGAGAUCCGCAAGGUGCUUGUCAGCGAGGUGCUCAACCGCUCUCGUCUUGAGAAGCUCCUCCGCGACUCGUACGGCAACUACGUCAUCCAGACCAUCCUCGACUACUGCGAGAUUGGCCAGCGCAUGGUUCUCGUCGAGUGCAUCCGCCCCAUUCUCCCUUCGAUCCGCAACACCCCCUACGGCAAGCGUAUCCAGUCCAAGCUCCAGCGUGAGGACGCCUCGUUCAACUACGGCGGCGGUGCCGGCGGUGGUGGCGGUGGUGGUGCUACCGGAGCUGGUGGCUACGGAGGUGGCCGUGGUGGCUACGGCAACCGCAACCCUGGUGCCGGUGGCUACCACCCUCGUCACAUCGGUCGCCCUCAGCUCCAGCACAUCAACGCGCUCACCGAGGUCUACGGCGCUGCCGGCGGUCCCUUCAUGGGCCCUGGUGGCUACGGCCGCGGUGGUGCCGGUGGUGGUCAGGGCCCCCACGUCUCUGGCGGUGUCGGAUCUGGCGCGCCGUUCCACGGCCGUGAGAUCCACAACCACAGCGGCAUGAGCUACCACGCCCCUGGACCCGACGGACAGCCCUGGCUCCACCUUCGCGGUCCCUCGGGACAGCCCGCCCCCAACUGGAACACGAGCGGCUCGCACAUUGACCCCCUCCCCGCGACCGCUCCUUCCGACUCGGACUCUGCCCUUGUCGCCGCUGCCGCCGCCGCUGCGGCUGCCGAGCGCUCGGGCGCUGGACAGGGCCUGCCUCUUUGGCAGGACCCCAACGCUGGCUACAUGUACGCCGCCAACGGCGGUCACGGCCAACUCCCCCAGCUCAUGUAAUCUUCCCACCGCGUUGAGCACCUAGAGCUACCAAUUGGGAUUGUAAGCAAACGACGCCCUCCGGCACUGUACAAUGCUCCCCCCCGCAUCCCCCUAAUCCUUUCGACCGUGUACACAUCAACUUGUCUCGGAAAAGAAUCGCCCGCUUGGAAACACCCUCAGAAAACCCAUCAUGGAAGACCGACUUUUCGCUGGCCGACCUUGUUACCCAAAACCCACAAUCACCUCUUUCCCCUUCAAAUUUGUAUACCCAGCGUGGGUCGUUUUUGGAGCGACCCCGCACUGUAACCCAGCAUACGGCCGGUGCUGGUCUGGCAGCCCGACCCAUCUCCCGUGUAGAGACAGACGACUUUUCGGUGUGCCCGCUGGCUGUGUGGCGUGUCGAGCGGGCGCGUCUUGUUGAGCAGAGAUUUGAAAAGUGUAUGCAUCUGUUGCCUCAG